ACUUUUUCAAAAUUUAAAAAAAAUUAUGCUUUAUUCUUCUAGGUGACUUAACAAUGGAUGAAAAUCCAGAAAUUUUAGCUAAGUAUCAAAAGUUAGCACUUGAAUAUUCAAAAUUGAAAGCUCAAAUAUCUGUUUUGAAGACAGCAGUCGCAGAUGAACAAACUAAUGCAUCCGAAUUACAAGAAGCUCUAAAGAAAAGAGACCAGUUGAUUCGUAAACUAGAGCAGGAGGUGGAGUGUUUGAAUUUCAGAAAUCUGCAGCUUUCAAAAAGAGUAUCUAUUUUGCAGAAUGAUUUGGAGGUUGUUGAUACAAAGCAUCAUUCCAAGAGUAAAUCACCGGGUGUUCAGUCUGGUCAUUUAUCUGAAUCUUACAAUGUUUUGAAUGCUGAGCUACAGAGUAGAAUAGAAGAAAAUGAAAGACUACACCAACAGGUCUAUACUGCAGAUCAAGAACAUGGUAGAAUUGUCUCUGAUCUAAAUUCUACUGUAGAGCAGUUACAGUCAAAUUUAACUGAACUUGAGAAAAAAAGUAGUGAAAAAAUCAAAGAGCAACAAACAACGAUAGAUACACUGCAGAAAGAAAAGAUAAAAAUGCAGGUUUGCAUAAAAAAUCAUGAGCAAGAAUUAAAAAAGUUGAAUUCAUCUGAAGAUAUAAAGUCAAAAGACAUAACAGCUGAGAACAAAGAGCUAAAUCUUCAAAUAGAAGAAAUGAAAACAAUUAUAGCCAAUAACGUUUUGUUUAAUGAUAAGUCUAAGGAUGUUUUAAAUAUUCUGAAUACUCCCAUUAUUCAACGUGGUAAGCACAAUCAGCUGUUGUUGCUAAUGCUCAAGAAGCAAAACCUUGUAUACGAGUUUUGCCGGCAAAUGUCCGAUUUGCACACUUUCAUGAUACAAAGACUUUGCGCUUCAGAUACAGACAAUAAAGCUGUCACCGUAAAGCUAGAAAUAAGCUUGCGAGAGAGUAUUCAACAAUUAAAAGUCAUUCCACUCAAUUUUGAAAAUAUUGUUAGUGCUAUCAAAGCUGAAACUUUAACAUGGGAUAAAUCACCAGUGAAAAACUUUUGUUUAGCAUUCCAAAGAUAUGAAAAGUAUUUGGAUAAGAUGCUACCUUUUCUUAUUUUAAGGAUUCAAAAUAAAGAUUCAUGGACUUCCUCUAAGAUGGUGGAGUUAGUUCCAAAACUUAUUGUGGCAGCAAAGAAGUUAAUGUCUUGUUUCAAAAAGCUUUUCCGCUACAUUCAACUGCUCUCUUGUAUUGGUUGUAAUUUUGAUUUCAACUAUUAA